GGCGUAUAAGUGCCCUAACCCGCCUUUUCUUCCUCGGUUCCCCCCACCAGGGCAGAAUGUCCUCGGGUCACAGGCUGAGGGACGUGGAGCAGCAGCGCCCCCUGCUGGACCCGGAGGAGGAGACGGAGGCGGAGGUGGAGAAGGGUUUCCACGGUGAAGCCAAGCGACUCUGGUUCAUCCAGGACUGCUGCGGCAUGGUGUGUGCCUUCAUCACCUGGCUCCUGGUCUUGUACGCGGACUUUGUGGUCACGUUCGUCAUGCUGCUGCCUUCCCGGAGCUUCUGGUACGCCGUGGUCAACGGGGUGUUCUUCAACAGCCUGGCCGUGCUGGCGCUGGCGUCCCACCUGCGCACCAUGCUGACCGACCCGGGAGCCGUUCCUAAGGGCAACGCCACUAAAAAGUACGUGGAGAGUCUGCAGCUGAAGCCGGGCGAGGUCAUCUACAAAUGUCCAAAAUGCUGCAGCAUCAAACCCGAGAGGGCUCACCACUGCAGUAUCUGUAAGCGCUGCAUACGCAAGAUGGACCACCACUGUCCAUGGGUCAACAACUGUGUCGGGGAGAAAAACCAGCGCUUCUUCGUCCUCUUCACUAUGUACAUCGCCAUGAUCUCCUGUCACGCUCUGGCUCUCUGUGGAUACCAGUUCAUCACCUGCGUCAAAGUCCAGUGGAGAGAGUGCAGUGAUUUCUCUCCUCCGGUGACGAUGAUGCUGAUGAUCUUCCUCUGCAUGGAAGCCCUCCUCUUCUUCACCUUCACAGCUGUGAUGUUCUGCACUCAGCUCCACUCCAUCUGCAACGACGAGACGGAGAUCGAGCGUCUGAAGAACGAGAAGCCGACGUGGGAGCGUCAGACCCGCUGGGCGGGGCUGAGGUCGGUGUUUGGAGGGCCGCCGUCGCUGCUGUGGGUCAGCCCCUUCGCUGGACUCAAACUACCAACCCUGCUCCCCAGACGCACCUGGAAGGGCGGGGCAGAGUUCUCCGUCUGACCAGCUGUGGUUCAACCUGCAGAGUCCUGCUGGGUUUGC